UUGAAUUUCGUUAAUUAGUACGAAAUAUUAGUUAAAUUUCUCUAAUUCGCCUGAAGCAUUUUGUGUUGUUGUAAACUUGCACUUGAAGUCGAAUACAUUUGUUGUCAAAAAGCAAUUAGAUAGUUUGAUGAACUGACAAGCAUUUUAAAAGACAAUGUGAAAUGGAGUUGCCCAACCAAAAUGCUCCUUUGCUGUUUACUCAGAUGCUUCAAAUGUUCCCGAAUAUUCCACAUGAAAUUAUUUUAUUAUAUAGUUUACAGUAUUCAAAUGAUGUAGAAAAAUGCAUUCAAAUGUUGAAAAUGCAGAAUGGAAAAUAUAUGAAUGCUGGAGAAAAUGAUCUUAUUGUAAAUUUUCCUGCUGAUCAACAACUGAGUGAUUUAAAUAUUGAACCCAAUCAACUUACAGAUUCCUUUGGUGAUGAAACCAGUUUUGAUAAAUCUUAUCAGCUUUCUAAUAGUCCACAACUAAAUGCUUUAAACAACAAUGUGGGUACUAAAUCUGUUAUGCAAAGUUCAAUGAACAAUAUUGUUCCUACCUUGGAACAUAAUUCAAAUGAGAACAUUAGUGACGAUUCUUCCCUAUAUAAAGAACUAAAACCAAGCGUCGAAUCUCCAAGUGUUCACCCUGAAUGUUCAUUGCCAAUUCCAGAUAAUGAAAAUUCUGUUCAAAAUCCUCAAAGGAUAUUUCAAAAUGGAGUGUUAAAUAUUCCACCUUAUUAUUUAGAAGCAUCACCAGCACUUCACAUAAAUGUUGAAGGUGAUGAAGAAAGCAAUCACAGUUGGAGGCCAAAUAUGACUUUUGAUGGUUUAUACUCUGAUUUUUUCUUGUCUUCACCUAACUCUGACCAUACAAACAAUUCUGACGUGAUGAAACACUCAUCAAAAUCUCCCACAAGUUCUGGACUGGAUCAAAUGUCUUUGUCCUCAUUUCCCGUGAGAAACUUUUCAAUUCCAUUCAUUCCAUCAUCAAAUAAUUUUCCAUACAGAGAUCAAAGUACUGUCUCACAUGACGUUUUGAAUAUCUUAAACUUCCAAAGAAUUCAACUUAACAUUAUGAGAUAUGAAAUACUGAAAUCUAGAACAGAGUUAGAUAAUUUAAAGGAGGAAGUUGAAAAUUGUCUUGGGAGUUGAAUGAAAAAAAGCAUUCCAGAGAGACCUUCAAUAUUAAGCAAUUAAGUAAAGAAAAUUCAGAUUUGCGUAUGGAAUGUCAAUGCUUAUGCAUGGAAGUGGAUUAUUACUUGAAAGGACGAGCUCUCUUAGGCGAAACUGAUGAAAAUACCUAUAACAAUAAAGAGCCAUCUAAUGAGCAAGCAGUGUGUGAUCAUCGAAGCUACUCAAAUAGGGAUGAUAGCUUUGACCAGGCUGAUGAACUAGAUGAACUCAAUAAAUGGGAGUGUACAAAAUGUACAUUUGCUAAUCAUCCUGCUAUAAAUACUUGUGAAAUGUGUCAGAUGCCUCGACCAAAACCCAAGCAAACAGCCUUCGCUUCAUCAGUUCCUGAAACUUGUUAUUGCCAUUCAAGAAAAGAAUCCCCUCCAAUAUCCAGCUGAUCAAUCAAAAUCAAAUUAUAAAAAUGUGUUAAUGUUUAUGCCCAGUUAUUUUUGCCAUUUUUUUAUAGAUUACAAACUACUUAACAAAAAGUAGUUUUUUUUAUUUCACUUCUGUUCUUGUAAAAUUUUGAUUUGAUUUUAUCUUUUUGCAUAUAUAUGUGCAAAGUGAUCGUUUUUAGAAACAAAUACUUGCAUAAAGAUUCCUGUAUAAAAAAGGGAGAGGCUAAAAACUAUGGGGAAGUUGUAUCGAAGACUUUUUAUAUAGAGUGUUGAGUUUUAAAAACUAAGAAAGGAUUUUUAGUCAAUCACAUAUGAGAAAUAGAUUACACUUGUUGCAAGUAAUCAACUUAACUUAAAAGUAAAAAAAAAAAAAAACAGUUAAGUACAUUUUGAAAGACUAACAGGUUAAUUAACAACUUGUACUUUACUUCAUUUCACAGAUUAAGAAAGUUCAUGGUAGCAUUAUUUCUUAUACCAUGGAGUAAUACAACAACUUUCGCAUUUCCUGAUAGUAAGAGCAUUAAAAUUUUUCUUGACAUUUUUUUUAAUACACAACCUCUAAAUUAAUAAUGAUCACUUUAUAUACUUACUUUAUACCAUCAUCUAAGUAAUUUUUAAUAUAAAUGCAAUCAUUAAAAAUUGUAUGGUGGUAAGGAAUUCUUAAAUUGCUAAGAAAGAAUUAGGCGGUUUAAAAUAGUGUUUUUACUGUGUUGACUUUUUUUUAUUUAUAGAUUCCCCCCCCCCCUCACCUAAUAUUCAUUAUGCUAUAGACAUAUUCAGAGAGGCAGCGAUGAGGAAGGUUUUAUGGUCAAAACACCACUCAGGGCAAACUAGUUUUUAUGCAUAUUGUCAAUCCUAAAAUGUAGUUUAUGUACAUAUAAGGGCUGUUAUGACCAAAAAAAUCCUCCUCAUGUAAUAAAUCCUGGGGUAUAUAUUAAUAGUUAUUUUAAAUACAGGGCAGCAUAUGUUUCCGUAGUUUAAAUAAGAGCAGCAAAGUCUUGUACAAAUAUUGUUCGGAAUUAGAUAUACUUAUACUAUGUAGAUAUUUUGAACCCUUUUUUAAAAAAAAUAUUCCAUUAGUUUCGAUAUACUGUGUGUGUGUUGAUUUAAUUUUUAAAAAUAUUUUUUUAAGGUAAAACAUUCCCUUAAAUAAAAUUUCAAGAACUGAACUGUUUGAUUUGAAAAAGUUACAUAAAGCUACUAAUUACCCUUCCCUAGCCUGAGCUAACGCAGCAUUGCAAGCAAUACUAAACUGCUCAUUCAUAACAUCCGAAGACUGCAAUUUCGUCUGAAUUUUUGACUCUUCAGUCUUAAAUAGCCAUACCCGAGCUGCAGGUAAAUAAUCUCAUAAAGAAACUGAGUAUAUUUUCACACUGGCAGCUAAAAAUAUCUUAGCACACCAGUGAAAGGUUCAACACAUUUGGUUCAUGGCUCCACUUCAAAAAAGUGAAGAUCAAAGCUAGGUUGUGAAGCUACUAACUGCUGCUGUAUACCCUGAGCUGAGGCAAAAUUGCAAGCAAUAUCAAACAGCUCUAUUACAGCAUCCAAGGACAUCAUUGUGCUGAAAUAUUUUUAGCUAUCAGUCUGAAGAUAUAUCUUAAGUUCAAGCAUUAGUUAGGCUUACAUUGAUUUUUUUUUCUAAACCAUGCUGCAUACUGCAUCUAUCAUCUGCUACUAUUACCACAACAGAUUAAAGUCCCAACAGAUAAAAGUUUCUUCUACCAUUUGUUCUUGUUAUCUCCAGCUUUUUAAUUUCAAAUUGCUUCAAAUUUCAAUAAUGAAACUGAAACAUGGUGUUGUAUGUUACUUUCUAGAAGCCAAGUGAUUUACCAGAAUUUUUAGCUUUGCCCAAUUAUAGAAGAAUGCAAAGUAUUGGCUUGACAUUUUGGUCUUAAACCUUGAUGUUUUAGUUAUUUUAAAUUUGAGCGUAUGAGACGCAAACUUAUAAUCUUCUUUUCAGCCAAAAAAGACAAUGAAUGUUUCUUUCAACUGUUUAAAAUUUUGUUUUAGCAUAUUUAUGGUAUUAUUUUAAUUUGAAAUUUCUUGCUUUAUGUAUGUUUUUUGGAAUGAAGUACUUUUUUAAUAAACUGUAUAUCUCUCGGACAAGUAUUCCUUUCGUGUGAGUAGAUGUUUAUGUAUUUUGUUUCAUUUUAUAAACUUUCUGUUUCAUCAAGUUUCAUUCAAAUCUAUGACUUUUUUCUUCUCGGAAAGUACAAAAUUUGUAAGUACAAAAAUGUUAUGCGUGUUAGUUAGUGCUGCUCAGAUGUAAAAUAUUGUGGUUGUUUUUGAUGCAGAAGGCUCUUUUUGAGAACAAAAGAAAAUGGGGCCAUAUAUUAAUGUGCCAUGACCACAUAUACAGUAGAAUAAACAUAAUUGUAGAAAAUUGAGAAAAUAUAAUCGCAACAUUUAAUCAUAGAAUUAGUAAUGUUUUAAAUACUGUAUGUAAUUAUACUAUCGUUUUUGUUUAAAUAAAGGAAAAAUAAUACAUCAGUUUAAGUUUUAAUAAUUUUUGAUGACAUGCUCAAAGUUUUAAGAUGAACAUGAGUUAUCUGAAAGUGUGUGUGUA